AUGCAGCAGUAUCAAGCUAAAGGAUACGCACACAAAGCUGAUCCUGAGGAGCUCAGUAACUUUGACCCUCGACGAACCUGGUACCUGCCCUUAAACGUGGUCAUGAACCCAAAGAAACCGCAUAAGGUACGGUUGGUCUGGGAUGCUGCGGCAAAAGUUCAAGGCCAAUCAUUGAACUCCGCUCUGUUGGCUGGUCCCGAUUUGCUCGCACCGCUUCCUUCAGUUUUGUGUCCUUUCCGACAGUUCGAGGUGGCCAUCAGUGCAGACAUACUCGAGAUGUUCCAUCAGCUCUUUAUUAGACCGGAAGAUAAAUCAGCGCAGCUGUUUCUGUGGCGAGACGAUCCCUCCAACCCGUAUGAAGUCUUCGUUAUGGACGUCGCGAUAUUCGGCGCUUCCUGUUCGCCGUCGGCAGCUCAGUUUGUGAAAAACCUAAACGCUCAAGAGUUCUCUGAUCAGUAUCCACUAGCAGCAAAAGUAAUAGUGGAGCAUCAUUAUGUUGACGAUUUUGUAUACAGCACAAACACCGUGAAUGAAGCAGUCGAACUAGCACAGCAGGUGAAAGAAGUACAUUCUAGAGCAGGAUUCACCAUACGCAACUGGUUGUCCAAUUCCCCCGAAGUGAUCUCACGGGUCGGGGUUCCAGGCAUGGAGUUGUCCAAAUAUUUCGAGGUAGCAAAAACGGCCACCCAAGAACGAGUUCUUGGUCUAGUUUGGAAGCCAGAUCCUGAUGUUUUUGUGUUCCAAGGACUAUUCAGCGAAGAGAUCCGAUCACUGCUAGGCGACACUGUUAUUCCGACGAAAAGACAAACUCUAAGAGUCGUCAUGAGUAUAUUCGACCCCUUGGGAUUGGUGGCUGUAGUUGUAGUCCACGGUAAAAUAUUGCUACAAAACAUCUGGCGGUGCAAGACAGAUUGCGACCAUUCCAUACCAGACGAAUUACUCGAUGCAUGGAGACGAUGGACUAAACUGUUGAAGCAACUUGAGCAGGUCCAAAUUUCCCGCUGUUAUUUUCCUGGAUAUUCCGAUAGAAGUUAUCAUUCCUUGGAGUUGCAUAUUUUUGUAGAUGCAAGUGAGGAAGCGUACGCUGCCCUGGCUUAUUUUCGCAUCGUGGAUAGCUCUGGAGUGCGCUGCUCACUUGUCUCGGCGAAGACAAAAGUGGCUCCUCUGAAACCGCUCUCAAUCCCUAGAUUAGAGUUGCAGGCGGCUGUUCUUGGUGCAAAACUGUCAAAAUCGGUAGAAGACUAUCAUACACUGCCGAUAGUUCGCAGAGUGUUCUGGACCGACUCUAGCACCGUGGAAGAGUGGCGGUGGGUUCCUUCACGCUGGAAUGUAGCCGAUGAAGCAACCAAAUGGGGCAAGGGCCCUAACAUAAGUAGCAGCAGUCGUUGGUUUCAAGCACCAGCAUUCCUGUAUCAAGAGCCAGAUACCUGGCCACAGCAAGGUCCAUGUGUGGUUGAAAUAACGGAGGAGCUUCGUACAACACACCUUCAUUGUCAUCUCAUCAGGCAGCAACUUAUAGAUUUCGAAAGAUAUUCGAAGUGGGAGCGAUUAGUGCGUGCGAUAGCGUAUGUGUACAGGUUUAUAGACAACUGUCGCCGUAAAAUCGAGAAUUACUCAACGGAACGAUCUGGGUGGUUGAACCAGAACGAGUUGCAGAAAGCGGAAUGGACUAUCUUCAAGCUCAUUCAGCACGAAGCAUACGGAGAUGAGAUUGUGACCUUUAAUAGAAACCAGCAUCUUCCAGUGGACCAGCGGCUAAAGCUCGAGAAGACUAGUAAAAUCGUUAAACUAACCCCUGUGUUGGACGACCAAGGUGUUUUGCGUAUGGAUAGUCGUAUCACCAAUGCACAGCAAUUCUCCACAGAUUUCAAGUUCCCGAUAAUUCUUCCCAAAGGUCAUUACGGGACACAGCUGCUCGUUGACUGGUAUCAUCGUCAAAGCAAGCACAUCAACACGAAACAGCGGUGA